CAAUGCCAGGUCUGCAGCUGCUAAGCUCCGCUGAUCAUCACCAUCACACGGGGAGUCAGCGUCCGGCAGUUUCCAGAGACCAGGAUUCACAAGCCACCACUACGCACGCCAACACCACCAUCUACCUCACCGCAUGGCGCUCGCAGUCUCGGCCUCGCGUUUGGCGCAACCCGGCCACCUCGCCAUCACGCCCAACCGGCUCCACGUCUCUUGGACAUCAGGCGCAGCACCCCCAGACGACCCCUGUCACAAGCGCUAAGGUCGCGCUUAAGAUCGUCGCGACACCUGAUAGUUGCGUCUUUGCGUUUGGGUUCCAUCUACGCGCGAGGACUUGGUUGUUGUUUCUGGGUUGCUGCGACGGGCUGGUGGGUCUGCGGUUGAGCGCGCUCUGGAUGGUCGCAGUUGGGGGAUGGAGGGUAGGUAGUUCCCGCUGGGCUUGGGUUUUUAGAGUAUGUGGAUUGGUUGAUGGGUGAUUGGUGGUUAGUAACUGAAUUUUUUUGCUUGAAAUUGACUUGUUCGCGAGGAAGAGGUUUAUGAAUCUACUGUCGGUCUUAAGUACGGAUCCGUACAAUAGUGGCUCUUACGUUCCUCACCUAUAUCAGAAUUUCACCGUUCAGCGAACCGGUCCUAUCAGAGUGUG